AUGUUGUCUUCAUCCGGUGUCAAAAAUGACAUCGACUGGUGGCGUGUGAAACACCGCAGCGAUGCUUCAGUUGAUUUCCUCGCUGAUUUGGUGAUGUCUGGCGAUGGGAAUCCCACAGUCCGAGUCAGAGACGAGCAUGGCCAGCAUCUUCCAACUGCGGGUGCCAAACCAAAACUUAUUCUUGGCGAAAUCAGGAAGGAGUCUCGCCAAUAUGGCAUCGGAAGGCCUCCUGUUGAAGUCUUGCGUAUGUUCCUAAUUGAUGGUAGUCUGAACACGUGCAAAGCUGUGACCAACAGCAACCUUACAAAGCACCUGCUCAAAGACCGAUUGCUUUAUCCUGGAGCCACCAUCACUCUGGAAGAUUACGGCCUAAUCCGUCUCAGUCCGCAGAACGGCGAUCAGUUCAAAGGGAUUAUCCUAAUCAACAAGUUCACCUGGACAGCUGCUCCUACAGGCAAGGUGGUUGAUUACAGUUCAGAAGAUUCUGAUGACGAUGAUGCCAUGGAACGCCCCCACCAAAUGAGAAGCUACCCUCUCAGCCGCAUUACUCUUACCACUUUCCAUCCUCAUGUGAAGUGCAGGCUUCAGGACAGUCUUAUUACGUGGACAAGCCAAGUUUGUGAUUAUGACCCAGAGUCAGAUGUUGGUCUGGUUUACAAUGGAUUACUCACACAGGGUCAGCUAAGGCGUGGCAUUCAUGUGGAGUCCGAUGCUGCUCGAGAAGACUGGACAGCCAUGAUGAAACAUCGCUAUUAUGGCACUGGUGAUCCGUUCCAUGGUUGGAAAGAAGAUGCGAGUGAGGAUGAGCAAGAGGCAAGCGAAGUUUGUGGAUGUGUCAAACGGUUUGGCCUUGCUGAUUGCGCACUGACAAUGUUUCCACUAGAAGACCUCAACACCGAAUACAUGUUCGACGCAGUUCUGUUCUUCUUCAAAGACCGGUACGCAGAUGACUUUGACUCCCUUCCUCAGCCAAAGAAGAGGUUUGUCCUCUACUUUUGGUUUGCGACCAAUCCUCUGUGCAUUAGAGGCAAUCGCCGUAAGUUGCCUUCCUGUAUUUACAAUGCUGUUCGGAAGAUGUUCCCAGACCCGCCAGGUGUGGAGCCAACUGGCUAUAUUGAAACUGGUACCGGCACUGUCCAGGAAGGAACUGUCGAGCCUGUGAAAGAAGGGUGGUUGAAGAGUUUACAGAGAAGCGCUCUCAAGUCGAAGGCUCUUAUCGAGGAAGCAGCAGUUGUUCCUGCCGCUGGCUCUUUGGAAGAAGUUUCUCCUGUGAAGGAAGAUAGCUCCCCGGAAGUGAAGGUGGCCAAGGUGGUACCUGGUACUUGUAGGCCAUUUGCUCGCAUGUCUACAUCUGGUAAAGCUGCACCUUACAAACCUGCUUCGGAAGCAAGAGCGAGGAAGAAGACCAAGUAUGAUAAAAAACGUGAGCUUGAAAGGGUUCAUACCCAUGGACUGAAGCAUGAACAGGCCCAUUCUUACUACUGCCGUGAAUCCAGCAGCUGUGCCACCACGGAUGAUGAUGAUGAGUGA